AUGGAGGUGAUUGACGAGAAGGUGAAUGGCGGCCCCCCCAUGGAGGUCGAGGAGAUUGUGUCUGUCCGCGAUCACGACGCGUUCGCGGCGAAGCAUAUGCCCGACCUCGGCCAUGACGUGAAGGAGUUCAAAGUGUACUCAUGGCCGCUCACAAAUUGGAAGAGAUUGGAGAAGAAGAUUACAAGCCCGGAGUUUGAGUGCGGCGGGCAUAAAUGGCGAAUACUGUUGUUUCCUUUUGGCAACUCUAACGCACCUCCCAAUGAUACUGUAUCGGUAUAUCUCGACUACGCUGACCCCAAGCGAGCACCAGAGGGUUGGCAUGCUUGUGCUCAGUUCGCGCUCGUUAUCUCAAAUCCUCACGACCCCACCAUCUACACUGUUAGUCACGCGCACCAUCGCUUCAUUGCGGAGGAGUGUGAUUGGGGUUUCACGCGCUUUAGCGAGUUGCGCAAACUCUUCACCGUUCAGGAGGGCCACAGUCGGCCGACAAUCGAAGACGAGGCCGCUGAAGUGAGCGUCUUCGUUCGUGUGCUCGAAGAUCCCACAGGAGUGCUCUGGCAUAACUUUGUCAACUACGACUCGAAGAAGGAGACUGGUUAUGUCGGGCUGAAGAACCAAGGUGCGACAUGUUACAUGAACUCGCUCCUACAGUCGUUGUUCUGCACACGCUAUUUCCGGAAGGCUGUUUACCAAAUACCGACCGAGGAUGAUCACCCCACGGAAAGUGUCGCGCUGGCUCUGCAGCGUGUCUUCUACCACCUACACACUUCGGACCAGCCUGUUGGUACUACCGAGCUCACCAAGUCCUUCGGCUGGAAGUCGCUAGAUUCCUUCCUGCAGCAUGAUGUACAAGAGUUCAAUCGUGUACUACAAGACAAGCUUGAAAGCAAGAUGAAGGGCACUAUAGCGGAAGGCGCCAUUCAGAAGCUCUUCGUUGGCAAGAUGAAGAGCUACAUCAAGUGUGUCAAUGUGGACUUUGAGUCAUCCCGAAUUGAGGAGUUCAAUGACCUCCAACUCAACGUGAAGGGUCAGAAGAAUCUGUACGACUCAUUCAAGGAUUACGUUGCAGUUGAAACCCUGGACGGUGAGAACAAGUACAUGGCGGAAGGCUAUGGUCUGCAAGAGGCGAAGAAGGGCAUCAUCUUCCAGUCUUUCCCUCCAGUCCUCCACCUCCAGUUGAAGCGCUUCGAAUAUGAUAUUCAACGCGACGCCAUGGUCAAGAUCAACGACCGCCAUGAGUUCCCAUUCGAGAUCGACCUCGGUGAGUUCCUGGACGAGACGGCUGACAAGUCGCAACCAUGGGUCUACAAGUUGCACGGUGUGCUCGUACACUCCGGUGAUCUGCACGGUGGCCACUACUUCGCGUUGAUCAAGCCCGAUCGCGAAACGAGAUGGCUGAAGUUCGAUGACGAUCGUGUAACGCCCGUAACCGAUCGGGAAGUCCUGGAGGAGAACUAUGGCGGUGAGGCGCUGAAUGGCUUGGUUUCGCCCAUGCAGCGCAACCAGGUGCGAGCAAUGAAGCGGUUCACGAACGCGUACAUGUUGGUGUACAUCCGUGAAUCGGCUAUCGACGAGGUCCUUGCACCGUUCAAGGAGGAGGACACUCCACCACACCUCAAAAAACGCUUAGAUGAGGAGCGGCUACAGCUCGAGGCCAAGAAGCGCGAGCGCGAGGAGCAGCACCUCUACCUCACCGCCAAGGUCAUCACCGACGAAACAUUUGCCCACCACGAAGGCUUCGACUUGGCUACCUUCGACGAGCGGAACUGGCCGCCAUCUGACCUGCCCACCUUCCGUGUACUCAAGAACGAGACGUACAGCACGUUCAAGCAGCGGGUGGCACAACACUUCAACUACCCUGAGAACCAGAUCCGGUUGUGGGUACUGGUGAACCGGCAGAACAAGACGGUUCGGCCAGACACGCACAUACCGGAGAAUGAGCCGGCACUCACGGUUGAGGUCAUCCGGAACAACAUGGCCGUCCGGCAACAGAACGACCUGCGGCUAUACCUGGACGUUCUUCCCGACCCCACAAAGUCGGACGCUCCCCAGGGUACUAUCAUGAUCUUCCUUAAGCACUUCGACACGUCCAAGCAGACGCUCUAUGGUGUCGGCAAGGUCCAUGUGCAAAGGGCCAGCAAGGUCAGCGACCUUGUGCCGAUGAUCAACGAGCGAUUGCGGUGGACACCCGGGACGCCAUUGAAGCUGUUUGAGGAAAUCAAGCCUGGCAUGAUCGAGCUCAUGAAGCCCAAACUCACCUUCACCCAGAGCGAGAUCCAGGACGGUGAUAUCAUUUGCUUCCAGGUUGACAUUUCCGAGAAAGAACACGACCUCGAGAGCCAAGGCCUUUACUCCAAUCCGAUGCAGUACUACGACUUCUUGCAAAACAGGGUCAUGGUCGUCUUCAGGCCGAAGUUCGAGGAGCCGGAUCACGACCAUCCGGAGUUCAGCCUCAUCCUCAGCAAGAAGCAGAACUACGAUAUCAUGUCCGCGAAAGUCGGCGAACACCUACGACACGACCCGAUCAAGCUGCGCUUCACCACGACGCACGCAUCGAAUGGCACGCCCAAGUCGAUCCUCAAGCGGUCACUGAACCAGAGCGUCGCGGAGAUCAUCUCGCCGACAAACUACGUCAGCCCGCAGGCGACGACGGUGAUUCUGUACGAGAAGCUCGACGUGAGCAUCGUCGAGCUCGAGACGAAGCGCAGCCUCAAGGUCGUCUGGACGGGGAUCCAAAACAAGGAGGAGUCGACGCACCCGUUCCUGCUGCCCAAGACGAGCAUGGUCCACGACCUCGCGGACCACCUCGCGAAGCAGGUGAAGCUCACGCCGGGCGGGACGGGCAAGAUCCGCGUGUUCGAGGUGUCCAAGGACGGCAAGACGCAGAAGGAGUUCACGGGUUCCGAGAUGAUCGGGAACAUCCCGGACCCGGUCGAGCUGUAUGCGGAGGAGAUCCCCAAGGAGGAGCUGGAGGCGGACGACGCGGACAAGGUCAUCAGCGUGUUCCACUUCUCCAGGGAGGUUUCCCGGACGCAUGGCGUGCCCUUCCGGUUCGUCAUCAAGCCGGGCGAGAAGUUCUCUGACACGAAGAAGCGUCUGCAAGCACGCAUAGGCGUGACGGACAAGGACUUCGCCAAGUACCGGUUCGCUCUGAUCCAGCAGGCAACCUUCAAGCAACCGUCAUACAUUGAGGAUGAUGACACGAUCUACGAGCACAAAUUCGCUCCUGAAGACUGUCUUGGCUUGGAUCACAUCGACAAGUCGGGGAGGACGAGAAUAGGGGCGGGAGAGAAGGCGAUCGUCAUCAAAGGCUGA